GCCGUGAUGACGUCACCACGUAGUACGCUGUGACGCUCUGGAUCCGUCUGGCGGAGAGGCGGCGCGCCGGAAACCUGCGGCACAGUGAGAACAGGCAGCGAUCAAAACACAACUUCAGGGCCUAAAUCCGCCUUCAGUCUUCAGACUUUCACCCAGAGCGCUGACAGGAGCACCCAGAGCGGGCUUUGACGGGAAAAGGACGUGCAGAUACUGGUUAAUGAGAGCGGAGUGAGCGCUUUGGCCUGGUCCACUAACGCAGGGCCCAGAUAGCGCUAGCCGAGGAGCUAACUUUUCGGUUGCAAAAGCAAAACAAGGAAUGAGUGAUGACCUCUGUGGUAGUGUCAGAUGGAGGAGGGAACAUAGUGGAAUAUGUCACCGUGGUGGAGGAGCCCCAGCAGUGUGAGCAGCAGCUGGCUGAAGAAGAGGAGGAGGAGGAAGAGGUGGUGCAGCAGGAGAUUGAGGCGGUGGUGGUGGAGGGAGGAGAGGAGGUGGAGGGAGAGGUAGAGGAGGAGGAGGAGGAAGGCGUGGUGCUGCAGGAGGAGGGAUGUCCAGCGGUCAUCGUGGAGGAGGUGCCCAGCGCUCAGGUGGAGGAGUGCUACUCCGCUCAGGUCCUGGUCUACGACGAUGAGACGUACCUGAUGCAGGACGUGGCCGAGGAGCAGGAGGUGGUGACGGAGGUGGCUGAGACAGUGAUUUCUGCAGAGCACUGUGCACUGACCUCCUCUUCCUCUCUGCUCUCCUCUUCAGUGGAGAUGACCACUCAUGACAUGGUGUGUUUUGACAAGACGUUUGAGGCAGCUGAAGCUCUCCUGCACAUGGAGUCUCCUGGAGGUCUGCACAAUGAUCGCAACACAGUGGAGGAUGUGAUGAUGGAGACGGUGGUGGAGGUGUCAACAGAGUGCGGACCCAUCGAGGAAGAGUCCUUCCCCAUCCCUCCUGAGUGUGAGCCUACGGCCAAGAAGAAGAGAGGAGGGGGACGCAAACCAAAAACCCACCAGCCUGCUUCCAACGGAUCCUUCGACCUGGGCAUCAAGAAGAGACAGAGGGAGGGCAAAGGUAACACCACCUACCUGUGGGAGUUCCUGCUGGAGCUGCUGCAGGACAAGAACACCUGCCCGAGGUACAUCAAGUGGAUGCAGAGAGAAAAGGGCAUCUUCAAGCUGGUGGACUCCAAGGCCGUGUCCAAACUGUGGGGCAAACACAAGAACAAGCCCGACAUGAACUACGAGACCAUGGGCCGAGCCUUGAGGUAUUACUACCAGCGGGGCAUCCUGGCCAAAGUGGAGGGUCAGCGUCUGGCCUACCAGUUCAAAGACAUGCCCAAGAACAUCCGGGUGAUCGAGGACGAGGAGGACGGAGAGGAGGUGGAGGACAGCGAGUGUGUGGUCUCCACCCAGCACCUCCUUCACCAGCAGGCUCCCAUGGGCCUGAGCACCCACUCCCCCGCCGCCACCCAGCCCCAGCAGACCUACGUCACCGUCAUCCCCAGCAGCGCCACCAGGUCCAUCAGAGCCAUGCCCCUGGUCAUGACCAACUCCCUGGGUCAGGUGACGUUAAACUCCUCCCCCAUCCUCACCACCGCUACAGGAGUCCCAGUUACAGUAGCCAACGCCUCAGCCGGUGCACCGCCCAAACUGGUGAUCCAGGCGCUGCCCGCCAUGCUUCCUGCAGGCUCCAAAGCGGGCGAGAAGAUCACCAUCAUCACCAUCCCCGCAAACCAGCUGGCCACCCUCAUGCAGGCCAACCCGUCGGGCCAGAUUGCGCAGCUCAUCCAGGCCAAACCCGUCACCACCACGAUAUCACAGGUCGCCACCAAACCGGGCGCCGCCCCCACAAUCCAGCUGACCACCGGCCGGCCGCAGCUCAUCCUAGCUAAACCGGCAGCAGUGGCCCAGUCACUUCCACAACUCUCGGUCCAGAUCAGCCAGCCUCCCACAACCCCAACAAAAACUCCCACCCAGACCCCCAAUCCAGAGGUAGCACAAUCAGGAGCGGCACCUGAAGCUCCGCCCCCUUUCAGCCCCAAAGCAACAUCAGCAGACACUGCAUCGUCUUGAGAGCUCCGCUCUGAGGACAAGGACGGGGGGCAGGAAAUGAGUGUGGACACUGCUGAGGAAGUGCGGGACACAUCCAAACCCCCCCUUCCUGCCACCGGGCGCUCUGAUUGGCUCAGACUGUGCUCAGAGGCGUGCUCCCUCCCACACAGGAUUAAAGGGACUGUUGUAGAAACACACACACACACACACACACACACACACACACACACACACACACACACACAGGUGGGUCGGGCUCGGAGGACGUGAGCAGCCUUAGUUGUAAAUGAACAGAGUCUUUUUGUAAUCAGAUGUAAUAUAAGAAGCCCACAGACUUUGUUGAAAUGUGUAAAGAAGCAUUUUUGAUACUCUGCGUGUGUUCCAGUCCGGACCUUGUUCCCCAGCCUCUCUUUGUUUUGGUCUCAGUCCACGGUCUGUCUGCAGACUCUGUCCCUCCACAGCACUGUCUCGCCCUCCACCAUCUGUCUGUCUUUUUUUACCGUUCACAUAAAGGGAGUGGAAGGACGUCUGCAUGGACAGAGCUGAACUAAACUGUGUGCUCCUUGUCUGAAGUAUAAUAUACUAUUUUUUCUUGUUACUAUCCAUGUAAUGAAGUAGAUUUUACUGAAAUAUGUAUUAUAAAAAAACUACAAAUGUGA